GCAAUAUAGUAAAGGUCAGCGUGAAAAUGCCUACCGCAAUUCUCCCACUUAAUAAAGGGUGGCAGCUGCAAAACAGGGCCGAUUGACUCGGCCGAUGUUCUUGAAGCAUAUCGUCGAGCUCCUUCCUUUGCUCCCUCUGGGCUGUGAGGUAUUGACCCUUCCUGUAUCAUGCCAUCACCCCACUCCACGGACGCAAAGCCAGCCAGCUUCAAACCCCUUUGAACUUUCCUCGUUCAACUCCCGCUCCGCCACAUGCCCAUCCUUCUCGAGCUCGAUAGCAGGGGCAGAUAUCGACACACAUCACGCUUAGCGACCGGUUUAUCCACGACAACUGUUUACUGUAUAGCUGUAUUCCGUCCACCAUGGCUCAAUGUGUUUGCAGAGGAGAGGAUAGGCGGCCAGGGCCAAACGGGAGAUGCGUAGGUUGCAGUGAACGAAUAAAUCCGGCCACACGACCGGUAUGGAGUCCGUUACCGCCAGUCCCGCAGCAGCAGCCGUUACCUCCGCCAGAUCCGCUACAGUGGCCGUUCCUACAGCAGCAGCCGUCGGCACUAGUCACCAAACAGUGGCAGCUCCUCCAGCAGCAGUUGGUACCGCAAGUCCCGCUACAGAGGCAGCUCCUACAGCAGCAGCCAUUACCGCCAGACCCGCCACAAGACAAAAUAGCCAAGGCCAUGGGAAAAGCUAAGGCCUACGAAAAAGUUGUGGCUGACAAGAUCUGCCCAUGUUCGCUCCCAGAGAUCGAGCGCAAGGUCAAACUACCGCUCCGUUGCACAGGAGUGAUGGUCGCACAAGGCCGCACAAACCAGGUGUGUAGCUAUAGGCCAUGCAUCGAUGCAUGCUGCCGGCGACGACCGCGGAAACCCAAAUUGGCAAGUGCAGAAAAACCUCGUGUACUACAUCCUUGCCAUUGUUUGGAGGUGAUCAAACAUGGUGAGAAAUGCUAUGCCGAAGGGAGGUGUGAGCAGACAUCCGACCGUAGUGGCUGGUGUUGUCCGGCGUGUGGGCCCAAGAAACCUGGGAGAAAUAGCGCGGACUGUGCUGCCAAAAGGUCGUCUAAAAAGUUGAGCGAUCGUAGACAGAUCUGGAGACCAGAAGGAUCCGAACAAUGAAAAGCCUCUAGAAGUAGCGAUUAUUCAGUAAAGCGAUGGUUUUGGGAGUUUACGAACAAGUCGGGAUCAUUGGAGGCUGGAAAGGCGCAGGCCCGCCUUGAACUUCGUCUAGUGUUUAGAGAUAAUAGCAAGAGCACUUAACCCGCUAGUCACCAGCAC